UCGUAUUGGAAUCCGGGAGAACUUUGAUUCUCAAUCCUCAUGGCGGAAUACGAUGGCGGGGGUCACGGCUGAAGGUCGCAUCAAGGCGAGCACACUUUCCACGGUGCAGAGAAGGGAUCCCACCGAAGGUUCAAGACCUGCAUCAAAUGAUGGCUCAGGCAGCCACAGCUACAUCACUACUGCCGUUGGUGGAUUUACGGAUAGCAUAAUGAAAGCAAUGACGAAAGCAAAGCCCAACAACGCUCUUAUGAUGGAAAAAGACCCCAUGAGACGUCAGGGAAACGAAAUGGCGCCAAUUGAGCAAGAUACUACCAAUGGCAUCAAGGAGAACUUCAGUCCACAGCGUUUAUGGCAGAAUGGAACAAUCAAAAUAAUGGAUGUAGGUCGGUUCAGCGCGAAAGCGAUAGCAGUAUUGCCGAGGAGCCCUGGUGGAAGUUCGCUAUCUAGGUCAAAUGACACCUCGAGCAGUCAGAGUCACACCAGCACCAAUAAUAGUGAGUUCAGAAACAGGCAAAGACGAAAGUAAAAUCUCCACCGACGCCCUCAUGAUGGCAGAAGAUCUUGUGAAUCGCCAGAGGGAUUACGGGUCUCCUACGGCCUCCGAGUCAAUCGGGCAUGAUGCUCCUAUCAGUAAUCCGGAGAACGAUUCCCAGCGUUCAUGGAGGAAUACAAUUACUGAGCUCAUGGUCGCUGAUCGCUUC